AUGAGGUCCGUGAUAACACUACUUGCCGAAGACGUCCCUGAACCAGCGAAGCAUAACCAUCGAUGUGAUAAAAUUGGAAAUCACUCAGCAGAUAACUUACAGAUCUCUAGUCUAGACAUGUUCAGGACAGUAGUACCCAUUGUCCUUGAUGCAGAAUUGUUUUCCGGCCAAACUUUGAUGACAGGCGGCACACGUAAAACAGCCUUUAUGAAUAAGUGCCUCCCUACCGAAGGAUCAUUUUGUCCCGGCCCUGCGAACAUUACAACUAGAACCUUGGACAAAUUUUCACUCCAAAAUAAUUUCGUGGUAGGGGUAAAUGUUCCUCCGGAAAUUGGGAAACGCAACCAUUGGUCUGCACAGCAAGUGAUUUCCCAUUUGGCUUUGGUAAACAACGAUGUUCAA